AUGCCACAACAGCUCACUCCACAGCCGCGCACGACCAAAGCGCGCGAGCCGGGAAGCAACGCCUCGCGGCCGCACAACUUGUCUCGCGUACUACGCACGAACGUUCCGUCCGACCCGGGGAACUACGCCUCGCGUCCGACUGAGAAAUUCAUCGGCCAAAUUUCAUCCAACCGAUCACAGCGGCCGAUCACGCAUCCGUCCGGCCACGAUCGAUCCGAUCGAUCCGACCACGGCCACGACCCGAUCCCCGGCCGAUCGUCCCGACCGACCGUCCGAACGCCGCGGUCGACCCGAAACCCGUUUUGA